AUCGAUCCCAGAUCUCAGGCAGAGGCAGAGCAAUGUUUUCAUUCCUGCUGACGACCUGCGAUAGUCACUCUGCCAUGGCGCCCGUACUGUCGUUGACUAAGGAGGGGACGUCAUAGCACCGUGUUUUAACUCGCUUUAGUGAUCACGAUCUCCUGCGUUUUUCUAAUCCAGGUUUCAAUUAAACAACAUUUAUUUCUGGACCCGCCAUGACCGUGGAGCAGAAUGUCCUCCAACAGCAUUCUCAGAAGCACCAGCAGACGCUACUAAACCAGUUAAGGGAGGUUACGGGCACUACAGACGUUCAGCUGCUUCAGCAAGCUCUGCAGGCGAGCAAUGGAGACCUGGCCGAGGCUGUGGCUUUUCUGACGGAGAAGAAUGCCAAGGUUCCUCAGCAAGAUGAGACGACCUACUACCAGACGUCACAGGUGGCCAGCGACAGAUAUAUCAGCGUGGGCAGCCAGGCAGACACAAAUGUAAUCGAUCUGACUGGAGACGAUAAAGAUGAUCUGCAGAGAGCGAUCGCCCUCAGCCUGGAGGAGUCUAACCGGGCAUUCAGGGAGACGGGCAUCACUGAUGAGGAGCAGGCCAUCAGCAGAGUGUUGGAGGCCAGCAUCGCAGAGAACAAGGCGAGUCUGAAGCGCACCCACACAGAAGUGUGGAGCGAUUCACCCAACCCACAUGACAGGAAGAGGAUAGACAGCUGCCCAGUGGGACUGAAAAAUGUCGGCAAUACCUGCUGGUUCAGCGCUGUCAUACAGUCACUCUUUAACCUGCUGGAGUUCCAGAGGCUGGUGCUCAACUACUCUCCUCCAGCCAGAGUCCACGACCUCCCUCGCAACCAGAAGGAGCACAGGAACCUGCCCUUCAUGCAGGAGCUGAGGAAUCUCUUCUCCCUCAUGGUCGGCUCCAAGAGGAAAUAUGUGGAUCCAUCACGAGCUGUGGAAAUCCUCAAAGACGCCUUUAAGUCCAGUGAGUCGCAGCAGCAGGAUGUGAGCGAGUUCACCCACAAGCUGCUCGACUGGCUGGAGGACGCUUUCCAGAUGAAGGCUGAAGAAGACAGGGAGGGCGAGAAGCCAAAGAACCCCAUGGUGGAGCUUUUCUACGGUCGCUUCCUGGCUGUGGGCGUCCUGGAAGGUAAAAAAUUUGAAAACACAGAGAUGUUUGGGCAGUACCCUCUGCAGGUGAACGGCUUCAAGGAUCUCCACGAAUGUCUGGAGGCAGCAAUGAUCGAGGGCGAGAUCGAGUCCCUGCACUCUGCAGAAAACUCUGCCAGGUCCGGACAAGAGCACUGGUUCACAGAGCUCCCUCCUGUGUUGACCUUUGAACUGUCGAGGUUUGAGUUUAACCAAGCACUGGGACGACCCGAGAAGAUCCACAACAAGCUUGAGUUCCCCUCCAUGCUCUACAUGGACAGAUACAUGGACAGAAACAGAGAAAUAACCAGAAUCAAGAGGGAGGAGAUCAGGAGGCUGAAAGAGCAUCUGACGCUGCUUCAACAGCGACUGGAGAGGUAUCUAAGUUAUGGCUCCGGCCCCAAGAGGUUUCCUCUGGCAGAUGUCCUCCAGUAUGCAAUGGAGUUUGCCUCCAGCAAGCCAGUGUGCACCUCCCCAGUGGAAGACAUCGACUCAUCAGCUCCCCCUGGUGGCACAACAGGGCAACAGCUGCCCCCUCCAAGCACAGCCGAGCAGGACGCUCUCCCUCCCUCAGAGAGCUCAGUCUCUGCCUCGGGUCCCGCCGCAGCUCCCCCUGCAGCCCAGCAGCAGCAGAGAGUACCCAUUCAUAAGCCCUUUACUCAAUCCCGGUUACCUCCUGACCUCCCCAUGCACCCUGCCCCGCGACACAUCACUGAAGAGGAGCUGAGGGUGCUCGAGGGCUGCCUGCACCGCUGGAGGAGUGAAGUGGAAAACGACACCCGUGAUCUGCAGGGCAGUAUAACCAGAAUCCACAGAACCAUUGAGUUAAUGUACUCUGACAAAUCCAUGAUGCAGGUUCCAUACAGGCUUCAUGCAGUUCUGGUCCAUGAAGGUCAAGCUAAUGCAGGCCACUACUGGGCCUACAUCUAUGACCCACACCAGCGCUGCUGGAUGAAGUACAAUGACAUCUCUGUUACCAAGUCAUCCUGGGAGGAGCUGGUCAGGGACUCCUUUGGAGGCUAUCGUAACGCCAGUGCCUAUUGUCUCAUGUAUAUAAACGACAAGAAGCCCUUUCUCAUAGAAGAGGAGUUUGAUAAAGAAACAGGACAGAUACUCAGCGGCAUGGACAAACUGCCUCCGGACCUGAAGCAGUACGUCAAGGAGGACAACGAGCUGUUUGACAAGGAGAUCGUGGAGUGGGACGCCCUGCAGGCGCGCAAGGCCCAGCAGGAGAAGCUGGCCCUGGCCGCAGCAGCCGCCGCAGCAGCAGCAGCAGCCUCAGCAGCAUCCACCACCACCACCUCUUCCUCCUCUCCUCAGCCCAUGAGUAUUGAGUCCAGCCCUCCAGACAAUGCAGCUCCCCAACAAGAACCAGAGUACAUGGAGCAACCGUCACCCACAAACGACUCCAAGCACCUGCAGGAAGACACGGAGAGGGCUAUCUCCAGAGCUGCUGCUGAGCAGGAGGAGAGAAGUCCUGAGGCUCUGUUAAACGCUGCCAUAAAGUUGGAGUAUGCUCGGCUCCUGAGGUUUGCCCAGGAGGACACGCCUCCCGACAACGACUACAGACUACAGCACAUCAUCGUAUAUUUCAUCCAGAACCAGGCGCCCAAAAAGAUCCUGGAGAGAACUCUGCUCACACAGUUUGCAGACAGGAACCUGGCCUUUGAUGAGAGAUGUAAGAGCAUUAUGAAUGUGGCACGUGCCAAACUGGACCUGAUUAAGCCAGAGGAGGUCAACAUGGAUGAAUAUGAGAUGUGGCAUCAGGCGUACAGGAAUUUCCGAGAGACGACCAUCUUCAUGAUGACGGGCCUGGAGCUCUUCCAGAAAACAAAUUACGUGGAGGCUGUGAUGUAUCUAGUGUACUCGUACCAGUACAACAAGGAGCUUCUGUUGAAAGGGCUGUACAGAGGGCACGAUGAGGAGCUGCUGGGUCAUUACAGGCGAGAGUGUUUGCUGAAACUAAACGAGCAAGCGGCGGCCAUGUUUGAGAUUGGAGAGGAGCCAGAGGUGACGACAGGCCUGGGCAUCAUGAACGAGCUUGUGGUUCCCUGUAUCCCUCUGCUGCUGGUCCACGAUGCAGAGAGGGACCUGCUGGCUGUGGAGGACAUGAGGAACCGCUGGUGCUCCUACCUGGGCCAGGAGAUGGAGUCAAACCUCCAGGAGAAGCUGACCGACUUCCUCCCGAAGUUACUGGACUGCUCGACAGAGAUCAAAGGCUUCCACGACCCCCCCCAAGGUGCCCACCUACUCCACCCUGGAGCUGUGUGAGCGCUUCAGCCGCAUCAUGGCCGCCGUGUGCAGGGUCCCCACCGAGGGGAGAUGAGCUCAGAGGGACGACCUUCCCCGAUCACAGUCCCGACCCGGGGGCUCAAAUCCAUGGACCUCUCUUAACCCAUGCCUUCCUUUAAAUCCAGGGGUCACUCGCUUCUAGCUGUUAUUCCUCUGUUACUCUUUUGCUGCUAUAGGUUUUAUCAUUCUAAAUAUAAUUUCACUUUUAUUUCAAGCAAACACAUGGGAGGAAUGGAGGAGUUGGAGGAAGAGAGGAUGGACUGAUGGAGGGAAUAAAGCAAUGAGGGGAGAAGGAGUUGAUGGAGAAACAGAGGUGGUCCUGCAGUGGUUGAAAGCCAAAUACAUUCAGCUUCAGCUUUGCAAAAAAAUAGCAAACAAAAAAAAGAGUUUGAGGGUUUUUCCUAGUUUAUUAUUAUUGUUGUUGUUGCUGUUUGAUUCAAGCUUCCCUGACCACGCUCACAGCCCUUCUGAAGCCCCCACCCCACCCCCUCUCUGCGUGAAAAGGAUCCCCCCGCUGCUCUGCCUCCAGUUUGGUACAGUAUUACCAUGUUUUGUUUUAUUUUUCUAAGGAAGGAAGGAAGGAAGGAAGGAGGGGAGCCGUCAGAUGUCUGAGUGGCUCAGAGAGUCUCACGUGGGUCUCAUGUCUUUGUGGACUGAAUGAGAUGUUUUAAGUGCUGUGGUAGACGGCCACGGACUUCCUGUGGCUUGUUAAUAAAUCGAGAGAAUAAAAUUUUAUUUAUGGCCCUUUUAGGCCAAAUAAACAAAUGUUUUUUGCCUCA